AUGUCGUGUGUUCACUACAGAUUUUCGUCCAAACUGGACGGCAGAACAGCCACUUUCAGUGAGCUGACCGUGUCGCUCCGCCAACUCAAACUCUACAUUAAGACCCGGGAGUGUCUCAAGUCCCCAAAGACCGACCUGCAGAUCCUCGAUGCGCAGACUCAGAAAGAGUACGCUGAUGAGGAAGCCCUCAUCCCCCCAAAUACGUCCGUGAUCGUCCAACGCAUUCCGGUUUUCGGAGUGAAACCUGUUCACAGGAGAGAUCGUUUGGACCCGACUGUGGUUGGAUCUUCUCCAUCCAAUGAUCCAUCCAUCUCUUUGUCACUGUCCCAACUCCUCAAGACUAAAAACCUGGCUGAUGCAAAUGCAUCAGAGGAAGACAAGAUUAAAGCCAUGAUGUUUCAGUCCAACUAUUACUCCAAGAAAGUUGGACCUCCACCUCCUCACUAUAUCUGCUACCGCUGUGGAAAGCCUGGCCACUACAUAGACGACUGCCCCGUGCAGAUGGAUGAGAACGGGGAGCGUCCCAAGCCCAUAAGGAUUUGUAAGGGCAUUCCUAAGAGCUUCAUGGUUAAAGCAGAGCCUGGCACCAUGGGAGCCAUGCUAACCAGCUCUGGAGAAUAUGUCACUACCGCUGUAGACUCGGAGGCAUAUAGACGAGGUAAGAAGGAGCUUCCUCCGUUUGCUCCUCGUGAGCCGUCGCCUGUUAAGGCUCCGCCUAAGCCGAUCCCUGAUGAACUGCUGUGUCCCAUCUGCAAGGAGCUGAUGGCUGACGCUGUGGUCACACCCUGCUGUGGAAACAACUACUGCGAUGAAUGUAUCAGGAGCAGCUUGUUGGACUCAGAGGAGCACAUCUGCUUCACCUGCCGACAGUCUGACGUGUCACCUGAUGACCUCAGCGCCAACGAGGCUCUUCGCCAGGCUGUGGAACAUUUUAAGAAUGGCACCUGUUACUCUGAAGAUGUGGGCAAGCAGCAGCACCAAGCAGCCCCACCCCCGCCUCGCCCUCAGCUGCUUAAGACUUGGGGCUCCAGGCAGCAGGACCCGCUAGCGGCCAACAUGCCACCUGCCACCAGUGCCCUUCCUACAGCACUGGACCUGCCUGCUCAGCCUGCUACUGCGCCCCCUGUUGACACACAAGAGAUUGAACCUGAACCCGGACUUGCACCUGCACCAAUAGUUGCACCUGAACCUGCACCUGCACCUUCACCUGCACUUGACCACGACUCUCCUAUGCACUCAGCCUGUCAGAGCGAACCACCUCCACCAGGUGUGACAGAGCCAGUGCCCGCUGUGCCACUGGACUCCUCUGCAGCCUCUGACAGUGGACAACAGGUCUCCCAGGACUGCACUGUUACUGUGACUGACCAUGGGCCACCUUCAAGGCCCCCUCAUGCUUCAGGUCACCAGGCUCAGCCCCAUCACACUCACCCAGACAGAGCUACACGCUGGGACAGACCUGGAGGACAGCAGCCUCCUCCUUACCUCCAGACAGCUGUGCCUCCUGGCCCUGUUGGCCCACCACCCAUCUUGUACCCACCGCCUCCACUGCCCUUCCCUCCUCCCUGCUCUGGCCCCGGCCUUUACCCUCCACCUGCAGUGGGUUACCCGCCUCAGUGGGUUGCCCUCCACCCACCCUGGGUUCCUCCUGGUGCCCAGCUGCCUCCUGGCCCUCUGCCAGCCUCACUCUCCCAGCCCCCGCUGUCCAAGGAAAAUUUCUCCAGGCAGCGGCACCACCAUCAGGACAAGCGUUAUGGGUGUCGUCGCUCUGACCCACCACAGUCUCACUCCAGGUCUUGCCCUCGCUCUCCUGAUCGAUACAGGAGCCGCAGCCCUGUGGGCCAGAAGGCACCUCUUCCAGAGCUGCCCCCCCAUGAACUGGAGCAUCAAAGUGGUGAGAUAAGUCUUAGAGGCCCUGAGCGUUUCGACAGAUGUCGAAAAAGGGAGAGAAAGCAGAGAAACAGGUACAGCAAGCACCACAAAGACCCUGACAGCCACCAUGCAUCACUGCAUCAAGUAAAGAGCAGAGCAGAGGAUGCCCACAACUCUGCUGCUGUGAAGAAGGACGAGGGGAAAAGCCCUACUGCGUGGACUGCACUGCUUGAGACUCCUCCACCAUCCGCUUGGAUGCUGCCCCUCACACAUCCUUCUCUCCAUAAUGACUCUGAACCCAAACCUGACAUUCAGGGAAUUGGACAAACGUAA